AUGUUGAUAAUUUACUUCGAUAAAAAUGAUGCAAAGAUAAGAUUGAAUGGAUUACAAGAGGAUUUUAUGAUUGAAUCUUAUAAUAAUGAUCUCGUCAGCGAAGAUAUCUCUUUACGGCUUAGAAGAAGCGUGGAGCAAGAUAAAAAUUUAUUGAUCGGUGAUAAUAAUAAAAGUAAAAAUGAAAUAGAAGCAAAUUCAUCGGAGCCAUGCGUGGGAGACGCAGAAUUUUGUAAUAUGACGAGAGAAGACUACGUACAGAUGCUAUAUGAAUAUAUAUACCCACAAACUUAUGAAUGGGUAUUGAUAGGUGUACAUACGACGGUGUUUGUUAUUGGUUUAAUUGGAAACUUGCUGGUGUGCUUGGCGGUGUAUAGGAACCAUGCGAUGAGAACAGUGACCAACUAUUUCUUAGUUAAUUUAGCUGUGGCAGAUUUCAUGGUGCUACUGUUUUGUUUGCCGGCUACAGUUUUAUGGGAUGUUACCGAAACAUGGUUCCUUGGUGACGCUUUGUGCAAGAUAUUGCUUUAUAUUCAGUCAGUAUCAGUGACUGUGUCAGUGCUAACACUCACAUUCAUCUCUUUGGAUCGCUGGUACGCUAUUUGCUUCCCUCUCAAAUUCAAGUCUACUAUAAACAGUGCAAAAACCGCUAUACUUGUUAUAUGGGCCGUGUCUUUGAUUUUCAAUACGCCAGAAUUAGUGGUGCUAACAACGGUGAAGGUAGUGCCCUUGAGGUUUGAUCUAGAGUACUUGGUUCAAUGUACCGCAACCUGGUCAUACAGCAGCGACCUCAUAUGGCAUAUCAUCAGGAUUGUUUUUAUUUAUACGGUUCCACUUCUUUUGAUGACUGUGGCAUAUCAUCAGAUCGUGAGGGUUCUGUGGAGUUCACAGAAGAUUCCAGGUUUAGCUGAAACCAUGAAACUAGCGUCAGCUGAACAAAUCCAACUGCAAUCUCGUCGUAAAGCUGCUAAGAUGUUAGUAGCUGUGGUAGUGAUGUUCGCUGUUUGCUACUUCCCUGUGCACCUGUUAUCUGUACUCCGGUAUCUGGAUAUGGAACAGAAUGACAUGAUCACUUGUUUGGCGCUAGUAUCACAUGUUUUGUGUUAUGUUAACUCAGCUAUCAAUCCAUUGAUAUAUAACUUCAUGAGUGGUAAGUAUAGACGCGAAUUUCGCCGUGUGUUCUGCUGUAAUAAAAAUCUCAGCAGGAAUACAUUUACCACAAUGACUCGGCUCACAACGUCUCGCAAGAAAUAUGAAACUGACAAAACACAGAGGAGCUCUUUAAAAUUUCACAAAUGUGAAAACAUGGCUUUGAGACACCAUAAUUGUGGCUUAGCCUUAAAGUCACAAUGUGAUCAUAUGGCCCUUAAAGGCAGGGUUAAUGAAUUGAACCAAGGGUUUAGGGUAUGUGAAGAUGUUAUGAAUAACGGUCAGAGGUAUUCCAUUAAAUCAAUCGGUUUCUAG